AUGCCUGGCUCACCGGCUGCUGGUACUCCUGCUAACUUGGUGGUGGAAGGUGCCGCUUCCAGCUCGGCAGUAAUGGAGUCCACAGUGGGCGACAAAGAGGCGGCCCCGGGGGGGAAGGGGGUUGACGAGCACCUUGCCGAAGCAGUAGCAACAGCUGUUCCUGUGAGCUCCCAGGGCAGCCUGGUAGAAGCUGAUGGAUUUGAUAUUGACGUUGGUGAAAAUGAGGGAGAGACGACAGGCACGAUAGCUGAGAAUAGUGACGACCAAAUUCCCGAUGAUGAGAAUGUGCAAAGUCCUAUGCAGAUGGGUACUGAGGACAGUCAUCUCGUCAUCGAUAGUACUGACUUCAAGGAGCUCCUUAUUGAUGACGCCCCCGGUGUGUAUGAACAGCUAGAGCAGAGUCAUAGGCUUUGUGACAAGCUACGCAUAAUGUUGGAAGAGAGAGCUAAUGUGGAGAAGAGCUAUGCGGCUAGUCUGGAGCGCUUGGCCAGGAAGGCUAAAGAGGUGCUCCUGGCCGACGCCAAGCCUUCAGGGUUUGCGACGGCCUCGGCUGCCUUUGACGGUUAUAUAGGAAGUGUUAUGCAUAGAGCUGAGCAGUCGAGACAGUUGGCGAGCGACUUGGCUGGGGAGGUGGUGCCAUCGCUCAGAGGGACCUUGAAGCAGCACGGGCAGGUCUAUCAGCGGAUUAGGGCGGACGGGAUGAAGUUGUCAACUGCUCUGCAAGAACAGUAUCGACUUCAUGAUGAGACGGUGUUGCGGUAUGACGAGGCGGCACAGAGAGCUGACCAUCUUAUGCGGGAACUUGCCCUUGAUACUACACAUGACCCUAGUAGUAGACUAAGACUGGCGAUAGCUGCGGCGGAGUCCUCGAGACUAGCUUCGGGCUGUGAGGAAAGCUAUAAGAAAGCUGUUCAUAAGGUGAAUACUGAACGGCAGAGAUUUGUAGCCCACAUGGACAUUAUUAUGGAUGCCCUACAGGACAUGGAAGUGAAGAGAGAGCGGUGUUUUAAGGAUGCACUUAGGAAGACUUUGGUGUUUGAUAUGGCGUGGGUCCGUAAUGUGGAGUAUGACCUCAACCGGGUCAUACCAAUCGCGGAGGAGGUGGAUCCUGAGGGUGACACGGCACAGUUCGCCCGGGAGAGAUAUGCUGAACGAGCCAGGUUGGUGAAGGGGGGAGUGGGCAGGGCGACUUUGCUGGAGAGGAUCGAAGUGCUGCCCUGGUCGAAGUUGCAGGAGAGCUUGCAUCCAUCAGAGCAACGUAGAGAACCACCGAGGGAAAUCAAUGGAGUAGAUGAGAAUGAGGCCGUGUCGCGAUGUGAUGCGUUUGUCGAAUCUGUAUGGAGAGGCGAUGCAGAGGCGGAGGACUCUAAGGAGCUCGUAGCCGGUCUCAGAGACCACGGUGUUCGUAUGCAAUUCUGCAAGAAACUGCGAUCGAAAGCCCACAGUGAGGCGGUCCUCGAGGGAGGCAUGACGUCAUUGCAGACUCUGGCCAAGACCUGUGGGGUCGUGCUGGAUCUGGCUGACCAGCAGAUGGACGGCGAGACUGCUGGUCAGAUCGCUGGUGUUAGUCUGAGAAUAUGCGUUGUAAAGGAGGAUGGUAAGAAGCACAGUCUCAUGCAGGAGCUAUACUAUCACCCUAUAUGGAGCCGCGUGUUGAUCUGGGAGGAUAUACUCUUGUGGGCUAUAGCUGAAAGCUGUAUGGCAGAGCAAAGGGGACGAGCCGGCUGGCCAGAGCGUGAUGCCGCUGAUACGUCCCACGCGGUUGGUAUCAGUAAUUUUGGAGAGGUCAUUCUUCACUACGGUGUGCGACCUGACAACGGUAAGGAUUUAGUCUUGAGGUGUAUAGGUCGCAUGGAGGAGCCUCUGGGACGGGGGGCCAUGGAUGAUAUCAAGACGACUUUGCUCGAUGGCCUGGUAGUGGCUGAGGUGAAGGAAGCUCAGCCGGAGGAGCAGGAGGAGACUAAGGAGGAGGAUGAACAUUUGAAUGACCGUGAUGCGAGAGAAGAUGUUUUUGCGUGA